AUUUCAGGGCUCUUCAAUGGGGAAAAGACAUAGCCGCGACGACGACCCUGAAGAGGACCGCAACGACGACCCUGACCGCAACGACUUCCGGGAACUCAAAAGACAGAGAACACAUGAUGAGGAACCCUCACAAGAGGAGGUGAAUAAUAGUGCAGGCUCUCCCUUCACCCCAAGGACCGAUUCCAUCGUUACAGUACACCGUCCAGCUGAUUGGCUUUCAUCAUCUCCCAUUUCUUCCACACAGAACAAUCGCCACUAUAAUGAAGAUGGAUAUCGACUUCCAUGGGGAUUGAAAACCCAGAAAGGUUUAUUUUUGAGAAAAAAUGCUGGAACAGAAGCAGCAAUCAGUGAGACUACUGCUUCUCUGGAGGUUGCGCUACGUAAACACUUAAAUCAACUCUACGAGAUGCAGCCAAGCAUUGAGGAUUGCCUUCAGACAGCUAGUUCAGUCCUAUUGGAUAUCUUCAGCUCUCCAGAUUCUCCAUCUAAAGAUGCUUGGAGAAAGGCUGCUAGAGGAGUCAGGCUGUUGGAAGAUGGACUCAGUUUCCUCACUGAAGCAAAAAACCUGUUAUCCUGAAGAUACAUAUAUCUCUGUGUGUGUGUUUUUCUUCUUCUUUAAUUAUCACAUGUGUUGUGUGAUUGUUGUAGCUGCCCGCAGCAAGACUAGUAGACUACUUGUCUAGCAAAUCUUGCUUGUCGUAAUUCAUAAGUCAACUUUUAUUUCAAUAAAUCUCAGCAAAACCUACUUUGUUUUGCUAGCUUGCACUAA